CUAUUUCUUUAUUGACAGUACUCGUUGCGAUUAACCGUAGGUUUAGUUCCAUCCUAUACGUAGUACAUCCUUGUAAAUGCUUAUCCAUUGGCUUACUAUAACUCUCUUCAGAGCCACUUCAGCUACGGCCGAUUCUCACAGCCUGAUUCUCACAGCUUGAUUCUCACGGCCUUCCCCAUCAAGUUCAUCAACCACCACCGUCGUCUUGCCCUCAAUCUCUAGGAGCUCGAAAGAUAUGGCACCCUCGAGACAUUCAAUAACGCCCAUCUUCCACCGGCUCUUCGGAAACAACGCACAGAAGGCAUCAUCUGUUGACUCCACGCAAGUAGAACAGCAGAACGCAAUACGGAUUUCGACUUCUUCGUGCAGUCCAGCAACAGGGGAACAUGGAGCGCAAUCGCCUACAACCACACGAAGUCAGCUGCCGCUGACCAUUCACCAGCCAAGCGAAAAAAACGAUAUUUUUCGAAUCGCGGUUCAAAAACAUAUCGACAGUCUCCCAGAGAAUGAAAGGGAACAUUUUCAGAGGUCAUAUAAAGAUAUCGAUAUGAAGGAUACAAUCACAGCUGUGAGGAGCAUGGACACAGACCAUGCAAGGCAAUCUGCGGGACGGCGGCGAGCAGAGAAAGUUGAUAAAGUGGUGAAGAUUUUGAACCCAAGCCUUACUGCUCUCUCCUUAGGUUUCUCUGUGGAUCCUUCAAUCUCCCAGAUAUCUUCUCUGGUUCUGGGUGGCCUCAAAAUGAUUUUGAAGGCGGCAGAGCGUUGGGCAACAUUCUUCACGCGAUUAACCGACAUGCUAUGCCACUUAGGCAGUUACGCCGAAAUAUGGGAAGGAUAUGCUACGACCAGCUGCAGUACAGAGGAAGCAGUCAAGCCCCUCAAAGUCUGUCUAGCCGAAAUCUACGGCGACAUGCUGAGCUUUUGCCGAGAAGCAACACGAAUUUUCUUCUGCUUCGAGCACGGAAAAGCCAUUCCAAGGCGAGCAGUCUCCUUUAGGGUUUUUCAUCAACAGUUUUGGGGAGAUUACGAGGAGGUUUUCCAGACCAUCGACCUGAGCCUCAAUCAACACAUCAAAAAUCUUCAACUUGCCGUUGGAUUUAUUCAGCUUUCGAAUGAAUCGGAGAUCAAUAAAAAGCUCGACGAUUUGAAGCUUGAGUUCACCGACAAAACUUUUCGCGAAACUAAAAAGGCUUUUAUGCAAUGGCUUUCUGUUCCACGAAAUCAACCACUGGACUUUGAAGAGGACCACCGGAUUCUCUGUGAGAAGAGACACAAGAAAACAGGUGAAUGGAUCUUCAAAACUCCAGAAUUUAAAAGCUGGAUGGACUACUCAACCUCCGCACUCUUGUGGUGCUACGGCAACGCUGGGGCAGGGAAGUCAGUGCUUGCCUCAAGCAUUAUCGAAUACCUGAGGGAAAAGUACGGGCUGGAUGAUGAUGUUGGCAUCUCAUUCGCAUACUGCAAGUACGACAAAAGGCAGACUCAAUACCUCGAUAACAUCUUGCCGAAUCUCAUUAAACAACUUUGCUAUAGAAAGAAGCGUUUCCCGCAAAACGCCGAACAGAUAUUCCAAGCAUGCGACAGUGUUGCCCGACAAGGAACUCCUGAUGAUUACGAAAAAAUCUUUCGAUACAUAGUCCAGGAUCAUACAACCGUCUUUGUGAUACUCGAUGCUCUGGAUGAAUGUCCUCUUUCUGAGUACAAGAAUCCAUUAGCCGGAAGAAAGAAUAUCAUUGAGUUCAUUCGGCAAUCUAUCGCAACUCCGGGCUCCGAAACCUGCAUCAAAUUCAUUGUCACCAGUCGGUAUGAAGAUGACAUUCAGCGUGCGUUUAUGAAGCAAAGCAAAGUCUUCCGAAUUGAAACACGGCAUGUUGAACGAGACAUAAAGCAAUAUGUCGAAGAUACGAUCCUCGUUUACUGCAACGGCGACCAAAGAAACAAGCUACAGCCGCGGUUGAAUUUUUCACUGAAACCGGAAUUGCGAAGAGAAAUUUUUGAUAUACUUAUUUCCAAGUCUCAAGGGAUGUUCUUAUGGGUGUAUCUACAUCUGGAAAUGAUAUUCAGGCAAAAGUCUCCGCGUGGCAUCCGGAAGAUACUGGAUACCGCCCCAAGCGAUCUCGACGAAACCUACGACAAUUGCUUGAAGACGAUCGAGACGCAAGAAGAGGACAUCAGGGAUCUUGCAUACAGUUGCAUCCAAUGGGUUCUGCAAGCAGAAAAAUCCCUACAUGUUCAAGAGUUAAUGCAUCUAACUGUCUUCCCGGAUGGUGACGAUUGGGAGGCUCCAGUACACACAAAGGACGACCUACUUGAUGUGUGUAGCCACCUAAUUGUGGAAGAGGCAUCACGUGUCCGACUCGUUCAUUAUUCAGUAAAGGAAUUCUUGCUUUCUGCAAGGCGUCAAAGUUCGGAAAGGCAACUGAUCAAAAAACUACAAGCGAAUGACAGAACUCGAGAAUAUGUCACCAACGGGAGCCUUCACGCUAUGGCACACUGCCAAAUAUUUUGACUUUUAUGUUCAGAAAGUUACGGGAGACCUCCCAGAAAAAAUCCUUGGUCUCAUCAAAGAACUACUGGAGAAGCCUAUAAGCCACUUGGGUGCGAUCGUGCAAUUGAGAUAUUUACGAGACCCUUUCGAAAGGGAACUAGCAGUCGCUGACUUCA